CCAAAAUGGCUGCUGCAGGGAACCAAAGAGCGACUCUACUGGAUUAGGCUUCAGAACGAGCACGCGUGUUGUUACGUACGGCAGCGUGUAAUAGCCGGUUCUGUGUGUACAGGCAGCAGUCUCUUCCUUACGCCCCAGCCUGUGCGACAUACAGCAGCUGCUCACACACAACAGGGCGGGGACUUUGUUACAGGGAUUUCUAGUCAAGUGUCAGUGCCAGACGUGAGCUACAUGGAGAAUUUACCGGAUCCCACCCUUUACACCGUGAGAGCUGCCAUCAUUUUGGACCAGGAUGGGCAUCGACUUUUGGCCAAAUAUUAUGAUUACACAUUCCCGUCUUUGUUGGAGCAGAAAGAAUUUGAGAGAAGGAUUUUCUACAAGACACAGAGAUCUGAAUGUGAAGUGAUACUAGUGGAUGGAGUGACUGUACUUUGCCGACGUUUAUCUGAUGUCACUUGCUACAUUAUUGGAGUACCUGAUGAGAAUGAGCUGCUACUUCUCUCUGCACUCACAUGUAUUUGUGAAAGCCUGUGUCACAUGUUGCGGAAACACAUUGACAGAAGCUUGUUGUUGGAUAAUUUGGACACUGCUUUUCUGAUACUUGAUGAAAUAAUAGAUCAAGGUGUAAUUUUGGAGUGUGAAUCCCAGCAAGUCAUUCAAAGGCUGAGCUUCAAGACUAUCUCAGAACCAGCAUUUGGCUUUGUGCUGUUUGAUUAUAUCACGGGCAGCAGUGAAGAGAGAGAAUCCCAGAGAAAAACAUUGAUGGAGUGAUUGUGGGUACUUAGCCCAGAGUGAUGGCAAUAAGACAUGUGAACCACCACUCUUGCUUUUUGCAAUGACCUGUGCUCCUACCGUGACAGCUGCUUAUGUUUGUAGCGCUAAGUAGAACAAGUUCCGAUAAGAAGGAUGUUUAGGUGAUGGAAGAUGUAAACAAAUAUGAGGAUGUAGUGUUUUUUUCAUAGGUAAUAGAGGUUACACAGAUUGUUCUCAAUACUUUUUUUUUCUGCAGUUAAAUAAAUGACAUAUGAAUUCUAUUCUUUGUAAAAAAAAUUAAUUCUAUAACUGAUUUAUUUUAUCAUACAUUUUACACAUUUAAUUACAAAUAUUAAUAAAAUGUGCAAUAAUUAUAAUGUGAUCCUUUUUUUACAACAUUUGUGAUUGCCCAUGAAAAAAUCACAAAUUAACAUGUUACAUUGAGUGACUAAAAUCCACAGACUCAGAAUCAAAUUACCCACAUAAAUAAACAUCCAUAAAAUGCAUUUGUUAAUAACCACUCCCUUUUCAUCUAUGAAUACAUAGACAUGGUUUUGUGCAAUUCAUGCAAAUAUAACAUCUUUCAGAACAUGAUUGCACUGGAAGCCUGUUUCUAAAUUACAAGUAAUCCUGUACCACCAUCUACUGUUCAUAUUGGAAACUGUAAUUUAUUAUAGAGAAAAUGCAUAUAACCCAUGUAUAAUUGUAAAGGAUGCUCUAGUACUGGAAUUGUGUCUUUUAAAAAAUUAAGAAAAUAAAACUCUUUUUUUUCCAUUA